AGCUCCGCCAUGAAGUCCGGCCACGGCGGCUGCCCCCUCCUCCUCCUCUCCUUUGUGGGCCUCCUCUUCUUCGCUGGACAGCUGCCGGGCACCUCUGGACAGAACGCGACAGAAAAAGCCGGCACCUGCCCCCGGACAGAGACGGUGACGACCAGCGGGAACUGCACGGAAGAGUGCCAGUCGGACGCCCACUGCGAGGAGAACCAGAAGUGCUGCCCAGCGGGCUGUGGGACAUCUUGUCAAGUCCCUGACGAUAAACCAGGCUCCUGCCCAAAGUUUGCCGGUGGAAUUUCUUCUCUGGGCUUUUGCAUGGACAAAUGUAUGAAGGACUCUGACUGCGAUGACAACGCAAAAUGUUGUCAGAAUGGAUGUGGCAAAAGGAGCUGUUUAUCCCCUGACUUAUGAGAUGCAACCCAGGCGGUGCAGAGGAGACGCCACCGGGCAACCUGCUGCCUCUCCCGAACUGGUCCCUGAGGAUAUGACGGCAUCGGCUCUUCCUCCUUCCCACCACCUCCUCCUCUGCCCGGCAGCGUCUCCGUCUCCCACAUCCUGCUGGAGCCCCUGAGGCGCUUCCCCAGUAAAACUUGCACU